CUGCACGUCUAGAACUGCAUUGCGGUGCUGCAAUUGGAUGAUAUUGAAUUUCCCUGUUUUCCCAUCUCCUUUUGCAGCGCAAGCUAUUGGCGAGCAGUUGAUAAAUUCAGCGCCAGCCCCGCCCAUCACCUUUCUUGCGAUUUUGCCCCUAUUUAAAUGUCUGUGUCGCAUUUGGGACCAAGCAAGAAUUUUAAAUUGCUCAAACGAGAUUGACCCCGAGCAACAAUAGAUACCAAAGUGAGGAAAGAUGGUGAACUGCUGUGGACUGCUCACGGAAAAGAAUGAACCUGUGCCUCUGAAACAGGUGGAGGUGGUGGUGAAGGUACAGGGUCACGUGGCCUCGGUGAGCUCCACGUUGCAAUAUGAAAACAACGAGGAGCGCCCUCUGGAGGCCAUCUUUGUGUUUCCACUGGAGGGAGACGCAGCCCUCUGCCACUUCAGUGCCAAGAUCGGGGAGACGGAGGUGGUGGCAGAGCUGCAGGAGAAGCAGAAGGCAAAGGAACAGUAUGAUGAUGCGCUGAGCUCGGGGCAGCAGGCCUUCCUGCUGGAGGAGAGCGAGGAGAGUGCGGACGUUUUUCGGCUGAGCGUGGGGAGUCUGCCCCCGGGAGAGAAGGUCUCGGUGACCCUGACCUACGUGACCGAGCUGGAGGUGCAGGCCGACGAGGCGUUGAGAUUCUGUCUGCCCGCCGUUCUCAACCCCCGUUACGCCCCCCGGGACACUGGAAGUGUACCCGAGGUAACCUCUGCCUUGGAUGGUUCAGUGCCCUAUACUCUGUCCCUCGGUGUGGACCUGUCCUCUCCAAGUCCCAUCUCCAAGGUGGAGUCCAACUGUCCCCUUCAGCCCCUGAAGUACCUGAACACUGAGAAGACACAGGCCACGGUGAGUCUGUCCCCAGGUCACAAGUUUGACCGUGAUGUGGAACUGUUGGCAUACUACAGUGGCGCCCAUCAGCCCACUGCCAUUGUGGAGAUGGGACAACCCAAUGCCAAGUCUGGCUCUUUGAUGGGUGACCCUGUUGUCAUGCUAAGCCUUUACCCAGAGUUCCCAGCAGCAGUGACAUCAUCGCUGGCCUCAUGUGGGGAGUUCCUCUUCCUGGUUGAUCGGUCCGGCAGCAUGGAAUGUAAUAUGCACAACGAUCAGGGAGCACAAAUGCGAAUCGACAGCGCAAAGGACACGCUGCUGCUGUUGCUGAAGAGCCUCCCCAUUGGCUGCUUUUUCAACAUCUACGGCUUUGGCUCCACCCAUGAUUCUUUCUUCCCGAAGAGUGUAGAGUACAGCCAGGCGACAAUGGACCAGGCGCUUGAGAAAGUUCGGGGGAUGAAGGCAGAUUUGGGGGGCACUGAGAUCCUGUUGCCGCUGAAGCACAUCUACAGCCAGCCCUGCCUUCCAGAGCACCCCAGACAGCUUUUCAUCUUCACUGACGGAGAAGUGUGGAACACAAAGGACGUUCUGGACCUGGUGAAGAGCAACGCCAUGUCUCACAGGUGUUUCUCGUUUGGAAUAGGAGAGGGAGCCAGCACCGCUCUGAUCAAGGGCAUGGCAAAGGAGGGAUCUGGGCAUGCUCAGUUUAUCACUGGAACUGAAAGACUACAGCCAAAAGUAAUGCAGUCUCUUCGCUUCGCUCUUCAGCCAGCAGUGAAGGAUAUCUCUGUGAAGUGGAAUGUUCCAAAGGGGGUGUCUGUCACCCCCCUGUCUCCCCCCAUUAAUGUGCUCUUCCAGGGUCAGAGGUCACUGCUGUAUGCUCAGCUCACAGGGAAGUUUGCUGAGGCCACAGACAGCUCUGUCAGUGUGCAGUACCGUCUGGGGGAGCAGUCUGUGCAGAACCAGCUCAGCUUUAAUGUAAAACCUGGAGAGAAUACUGGGCUAACCAUCCACAGGUUGGGGGCCCGAACCCUCAUCCGCACCCUGGAGACAGAGCUGAGAACAGCAGAACAGGAUGAGCAAGAGGGGCGCAGAAAAGAGGAGGCGGAACGUUUGAAGAAGAGAGUGAUUGAGCUAAGUGUCCAAUCAGGAGUGAGCAGUGUCCUCACUGCGUUCAUCGCAGUGUGUACUGGGAGCACACAGCCUGUGCAAGGGUCCCUGGUGCGUCGACAUGUACCCACACCUAGAGCGAUGCCCAGUUUUAGGAUGAUGGGUGGUGGACCACAGAUGUAUGCUAUGGCGUGUUGCGCUGCACCAGUAAUGGCUUUCUGCCAGGCGCCUUCCCCUCCAAGUAUGGUAAUGAAUAGGAUGGCACGUGCUGUUGCUGACCGAGAUGACGCUCUAUUUGGUGUUUCUAUGUCAGAGGAUGUUGUCUGGGCCGGUUUAGAGGACACUGAAAUGUCAGAGCCCCCCCAGCCACCGAAGGAUCUUCUGCUCCAGUUGAUCUCCCUGCAGAAAGCCACUGGAUCCUGGGAUUUGGUAGCAGAACUGGCCGAGGUGUUUGGAAAGACUGAGGAGGAGUUGGCAAAGCAGAGACCCCCCCAGGUAGACAGUACCGUUUGGGCCACAGUUCUGGCACUGUUGUGGCUAUAUGGGUUCAGAGUGGAAGAUGAGGAUGAGUGGCAGUUUGUUGCGAUGAAGGCUGUGUCCUGGAUUCGAGCACAGACAGGAGGCAGUGUGUCUCAGUGUGUCCAGGCUGGUAACGCUCUGCUGGGUUGCCAGGUGCAGCAGGGUACCCUUGGGCUGUGAGAGUGAUAUCCCUCCUACUUUUCAUCCUCAUCCUCAGCCCCACCCCCUUCUGGGCCCCCAUACAAGCCCCACCCCUUGUUCCUUUGUUGCAGUCAUUAGAUCCAGUGAGCAAAGUAAUGUCUCAUCCAUAACGUACCACUGUUAGCUUCUUCCUUUCCCAAAGAAAGAGUUUGGAGUGUCAGAAAAAUGAAAGGGUGGAGAUCAAAGUAGAGCUUGGAGGGCUAGUGGUAGGACUCUAAAGGUGAGGUUAAUCUGUUGGGUUUGUAAUGUUGCCUCUCAUUUCUGUUCUGUUGCCUCUCAUUUCUAAUAAACUGACUUUCAAAAAAUGCAAA